AUCACGUUAAUGAAGAUAUCACUACUUGAUAUUCUGCAAAAGUGCACAUAGUGUAAGCACAUAACAGUGCAUAAAUUUCUAUGACGCUAAUAUAUGGAUAAACCGCAAAAGAACAACUGCGUGAAAAUACCAAAAAUCAGUCAUUUGAAAUACCAAAAAAUUUCCAUUUGACUUUCCUGGCUAAAUUUCCAUUUAAAUCUCCUGAAUCAGCCGAAGGCCCGGACAUGAAAAAUCCAAAUUUAAAAAAAUCCUGAUAAAACUCGGAAUGUUCUCCAUCUGAUGCCAUGAUGCGACGCACACUGCCGCGCAAGCGGAAGAGCCCGCAACAACUACCACCCGCAGCGAAAAAGGCGCGUCCCGCCCCCUGCGUCACGGGAUGCCCGCUCCAGAAGUCCCAGUCCUUCCCUGACCUUUUGGGAUUAUACUCCAUCACCCCGCUUCCCGCGGUCCCCUUACCCCCGGAAGAUACGCCCCCGGGUCCAACGCCCUGGGGCUUCACCCAGCCCAACAUGUUCUUCGACCCCUCCUCCUACACCGCGCCUCCCGAGGAGCGUCCCUUCGACCCUGUAUCCCAGUUGCAGCGGACGCUGUUCCAGGAGCGUCUUCGCGACCCGCCGGAAGUUGAACCGGACGUCCGGAUGAAGCCGGCGUCCGUAACGGUACCGUCGACCGUCAACUUUGGGAGCUGUUUGUACGACGUCAUCCAGACGGCGACGAUCACCAUCACUAGCGCAUCGGGAACGGCCAUGGGGUUCUCCAUCCAGGGCGCGGGGCCAGGAAUCCGGAUACUUCCGUGUCAGGUGUAUGUGGAUCCAGCGGAGGGUAUCGCCGCGGUCGGGGAGACACCUCUCCAGGUGACCUUUCUCCCGGGACGUCCGGGGUGGUUCCAGCGGACCUUCCGCGUGUGUUUCCAUAACGACGUGGACGCGGUGGUCAGCGUCCUCGGGAACGCGGUGUUCAAGCACGUCCUGGUGGAUCUUCCCAGGGGAAAACACAGCUCGUUGUUGACGUAUACAGAUACCUUGAAAAUGGACGACCAGGCUGUGCGGAAAUGGGCCCGAGCCGCUGUGAAAAAAAUCCAGAAAGGUCACCCGCGCCCCGAUGUCCAGAAAUCCGCGGACCCGACGCGACCCUACCAGGGCGUUCUGAGCCAUGCGCUGCUCCCGCCGUACAUUUUGGAUUUUGGUGUCCUGUCGAAAUACGACGCGGACGCCAGCCGGAGCGUCCGGGUGACCAAUCCCACCGCCUAUGAGGUGCAGUUCCGUCUCCAGCAGACCAACGAUCCCCUCCGGACAACCAUCCACGUCAACUACAACCGGCACGUGGUGUUGGCCCCGGGACAGACGACUACCUUUACGUAUUCCGUCUCCGUGAAGGAGCAUCCCGUCGGACCGACCCAGUGCCCGAUUCCCAUCCUGGUUCCCGACGGACCGACGAUCACCGUGGUCGUAAAGACAGAUAUCCGGGUUCCCAGUAUCGGCGUCCGUUUCGGCUGCCAGGAAGUUGUAUGCCACGUCGCCGACCAAAAAAUGCCGGAGCUGGAUUUCCGCGUGGUCCGGUGCGGGUGCGCCAGCGUCCUGUCGGUGCAACUGGUUAACCACUCCCACGUGGCGGUGGCGUGGACGGCCACAGGGAGGGAUGUGGAUUUCCCCGCACUGUCUAAAGGCAUGGAUCCCAAACAGCGGGCGAUGCUGCGCGCCAGCCGGGAUCAGCGUCCCAUCUUCCUCCUGCAUCCCGGGAAGGGAAUCCUGGAGCAGCGGGAGUGUGCCAACCUCCGGGUGCAGUUCCGUCCCGUGGAUUCCCGGCGGUGCAGCUACGCCUGGGCCAUCGAGGUGCCGUACUCCGCCCACCGAAUCAUCCUACGCGCCACGGGAACCGGAGAGAUCCCGCGCCUGCAGAUUUCGCCUACCGCUGUGACCUUUGGAUCGAUCCUCCCGUUCUCCGCCGGGCAGGAGCGGAACAUUACCGUGCGGAACCCGUGUCCGUUUCCUAUUGAGUUUUUUUGCGUGGAACUAGACCAACAGUUCGUUGCCGAGUGCCAGUUGUUGAUGCAAGUGGAGGAAUUCUCCCGGGAGAACGCCGUGCUCUUCCCGGUGCGCCCGCUCGGCGGUGGCCUGCCGACGGAGCUGUGGGAAGCGUACAUGAAAGCAUCGGGUGAAGAGAGCAGUUUAAACCCCGUGACCUUUCCGGAGCAUCUCCGGGAUCAUCUUCCCCGUCGGAUCAGCGGCAGUGUCUUAUCCCGACAGUAUUCCACAAAACGGGAGAUGUACCGGGAUCUGCAGCAGGUGGUCAAAACCCCGCUUGACCACGCCCUCGACAAAUACACCGCAAUUAACGACACUGUCGACGCGAGGAAGGAGCAGUUAAAAAGAGGGAUCAUCUUCCUUAUCCACGGUCCGCCAUCCUGUGGGAAGUCCACCCUGGCAAAAUCCCUUGCCAAAUACUACCGCAUUCCGGUUUUAUCCAUCGACAAGAUUAUCCUUUCCGCGCUGGAGGACCCGACGGACCCGGUGCGUCAUAAAAUCCUGACCUUUGUCACCAACCCGGCCAUCUCCGCCCAGCAUUCCCAGGCGGCGAUGGGUAUGCAGACCCCGCCGGGAUCCGGGGUCGGGAAGCCGCGGGAACCCGGGAAGCUGAAAGCCCCGCCCACGGCCAAACCCCAGAAAGCCCCCAAACCGGCGCCACCGCAUGCCAAACCCCCGUUGCUGGGGGUCGACCCCAACGUCUCCCGGGAUCGCUCCGACCCGGACCUGGCGUUCCAGUCCAAGGUCCUCCGCUACAAGAACUACCUGACCGACGAACCGACAGAAAUCACCACUUGCGUCCUCCCCGAUGACCUUUUGAUCCAGCUGCUGAGCUGGAGGUUGUACCAAGCCGACUGCCGCCGCGGGGCGGUCUUCGACGGGAUGACCAGCGACUUCCUGGACUCCUCCGCGACCCUCCUGAAAACGGUGCUCACCGCGGUGGAAGCGCGGCGACAGAUCCAGGCGUUCACCAUCUGCGACAGUUUCCGGGAUUACUGCGUCCGGCUGCAACGCCUCCAAAGGUCAUCCCGCAAGAACGGGGAGUACGCGACGGUGAUGCGGGAGAUGGCGGGAAUCCGCGGGAUGCCGGAGGCGGAGUACCGCGCCCUGCCGGUGCAGCGCCGGCGCGCCGUGGACCGGACGGUGGCGGAGUAUGCGCGGAUGAUGCGGGAAGUCAAGAGCGGGAAGCGGUGCGGUUGAAGGCUGGCGGAGGUUAUCCCGCCCGAGGCGCCGAAGGAGGCGGCGCUGUCAGCCAAAGUGCCGCACAAGGGCGGCGGGUCCUCGCAUAAACUGCCGGCGAUUGUGGAGGACCUGUCGGAUCAUAAGUCCAUGGCCAGCCGGUCCAAUCCGGAGGCGGUUAAUCAGGGCAGCGCCGUCAAGUCUAAUAAUCGCGGACAGACGGCGAAACAUUCGGUGUUGAAGCUCAAAGGAAAGCCCGGCCUUUCAGCGAAGGAUCGCGAACGGGACGCCGUCUCCGAGCGCCUGCCCCGCGAUUCGUGGAGGAUGUCACUGAAAGGUCAACUAGAAGGUCAACCUCCCAAAAUCGCCCAGUCCGAGGCGUACCGCGCCCAUAAAGCCUUCUUUGCCACCCUGAAAGACUACGUCAGUAUCGCGACCAAAUGGACCAGCGCCGGGAAACCCGAGACCCUCCGGAAACCCCAGCGCCUGGACGGCACGAAGGACUCCCAAUCGGCCGCCGGGAAGAAGCGCAACACUAAACUACGCGACCUUAAAGCCAAACCGCGGGAGCGCACGGAGACCGAACGAGCCGAGCGCGACCGCGCCGCCAUCGAGCGGGUCCAAGCGCGGUGCCGGCGGAAACGGGCCUUCGGGGUGAAGCACCACCUGAUCCUGCGAAAGAACACUGCGCCCGGGGACGACAGUCUGAUUGAUUUCCACAUUGACCGAUGGCGUUUCCUACCGUUGUACGAAAAGGUCAACAGCAUCACUUCCGCCGUCCUGGACCUCCCCAAACCGGCGGUCUACGCCGUCCGGGAGCUUCCAAAGGUCAUCCCGACGGUCUCCGACCCCGGGGGACUGCCGUUCCAGUUCGCGACGGCCCUCACCGAGAUGCCGCCGGUGUCCGUAGUCACCUCCGUGGCCCCGCCCAUCCAGACCUCCAGGCAAGUUAGCAAGGACGACGCGCCGAGCCCGGACCGGGUCACCUCCGGCGGGAAGGACACCAGCAGUGUGGAGAGUCGCGGGAGCAAGCUGGCCACGGCGCUCAAACCCGACCGGGCCAAGAUCGCCAAAUCCGCUAAACCGCGGACUGUCGGGUCGGCGCAACCGCGGGAGGGUCCGUCCAGCGAGAAGGAGGCGAAGUCGGUGACCCCGACGGACCCGUCGCUCCUCUACCCGGCGUUCCUCAAAGCGAGGGUCUUCAGUGAACCGAAAAGCCGGCCCAUCCACCACUUCCGGUGGAUGCUCCCGGCGUUCGGGGAGACCGUCCUCCGGGUGCUUCUCCGCUCGGACCAGGAGAACGUCUUCCGGAGCACCUUCACCUUCAAGAUUGUCGACUACCCGGAAGCUGAGUACCCAGUGCUGUUGAAGGGACGCUGCAGGUAUUUCGAUCUGUUUCGCGAUCUGACGAAAUUCUUCCCGAAAGAAAUGUGGGUCGAAGCGGUCACCGAUGAAGCCCGCGCGCCGGUUUAUGCGGAAACGGAAAGAAAGCUGUAUUUCGGACCGUUGAUCUACGGAAAGAAGAAACCGGAUGUGAUUGCCGGGAAGUGCCUACCACAACACGUUUUCCAGUUCACCCUGCGCAAUCCAUAUAAACGCCCGCUUUUCACGCAUUUCGCAUUGCCGAAACGCACCGUCGCCAACGCUAAGGAAAAGGUCACCUCACCGGAUUUUACGGUCAUCCCGGAUCAGUGCCUGUUGGCCGCCAAGGAAGAGAAAAUCAUCCAGAUUUUUGCGCAUCCUUCAGUUCAGGGAAAGUGUGAGGAUACUUUAUACGCUUUCACCGAAUUCAACCCGGCGCCGACACAAAUCGUCCUCUCCUGUUUAUCGGUGAAGCCCCAGGCGGAAGUCCUGACCAAAUCCCUGGUGAUCGAGAAGGUCCCGAUUCGGGAGACCGGAGUCGGGAACAUCGAGGUCCGCAACAAAACGGUCCUCCUCCCCAUCAAAUGGCGCCUGUUGGGCACGGACGCCCUGCCUCCCGAAUUCGUCCUGGAGCACCGUGACGGCGUCCUGAAACCCACCGCCGACAUCCAGAUGCCCGGUGAAGUUCGUCAGCACCAUCGACAAGCCCGUGGUCCACGCCAAAAACCACUACGCCUGGAGUUCAGCGCCGAGGACCCGGACGUCGGAAUCCUGGGGACGGAGGCCGUCCUGGUGUCGGGCGAGAGCUACGACCUCAUGCUGGACAUCCAGUUCCCCAAGGUCCAGGAGUCCGUCCUGGAUUUCGGGGUGUGCCGGGUGGGGGACGAGGUCACCCGUCAGAUCACCGUCAAGAACCGGACGAAGAACGACUGCGGCUACCACUUCUUCGCGGUGUUCGAGGAGCUGGCCAAGCGACUUCCGGUGGAGGCGUUGAAGACGUUGAUCGAGUUCCAGCCGGCCAACGGGCUCCUGACGGCGGCCGACCGCCCGGUGACGGUCAGCAUCACGUGCCGGCCGCGUUUCGAGGUGGAGCUGAAGCUGGAGAAGGUGGUGCGGUGUCAGGUGCUGGAUCCGGCGCGGGCCUACCAGCGGGUGGCGGAGAUCCCCAUUCGGACGUCGCUGGUGGCGGCGUACACGAAGUUUGUCCUGGCGCCGGCGGUGGGGGAUCUGCGGUUCCCCUGCAGUCUGCCGCUGCAGAAACGAACCCGGGUCAUCACGCUGCAGAAUGUCGGCGUGCAUGACGUUAGCUACACGUUCCGGAAGGUGUCGGCAGUGCCGCUGCAGCAGCCUUCUACACAGCCUUCAGCGACGUAUUCCAAAUCGAAAGCCCUGGAGGCGCCCAACACCAGGAGCCCCCUUGAACGCCAAACCCUCGACGACCAGCACCCACUCUACCAAGAAGCAGGACGCGGCCGCCCUGGCCGCGCUGCAAGCCGGUCCCUUCGCCAUCAAACCGCUGCAGGGCGUGGUCAAGCCCAACGACACCGCCACCAUCACCGUCGACUUCUGGUCGGACGUCAUCGGCGCCCACGCCGACGAGUACAUCCUGGACAUCCCCGACCGGGACGCCGUCCGCCAUCCGCAGGACCUGGUGUACCGUGUCUCCGGCGACAUCGCCCUGCCCACUAUCGACGCCAAGGACACCGAGACCAUCUUCCUGGAGCACCUGCUUCUCCCGGCGGAGACUGCUACCCUCCCGGAGGCGGCGGUAAUGGAGCAGUACCUCAUCGGCCGCUCGGUGUACUUCCCCAAAAAACGGCAGUUCUUCGUCCAGCACACGUUUGUUGGGACGAAACGCCGGCUGAAUUUCCGGUUCGUCAACCCCACCAAAGUCCAGUGCACGACGUACUUUGUGCUGAAAGGUCAGCGGAAGAACGCGAACGACGGGUUCUCCCUAUUCCCGACGACCCCGGUGACCAUCGAGCCGCACCAAUCCAUCCUGGCGACGGUGACUUAUUCCCCGAGCAUCUCCGGGAAGUCCCAGGUCGGGCUGGAGGUCCUCACGGAGUCCGCGUUCAUGCAACCGACCAAGACCGUGGCGUUUGUGUUCGAUAUAAUCGCCGAGGCGGUCCUCCCAAACAUCCGCAUCCUGGAGCCGACCUUCCGGGACCGGCGGAAGCAGCUCAGCCUGGUUUUCCCGAAGCAAUUCGUUGGGGGCAUGUUUUCCUUGCCUGUUGUGUUAUUCAACGACACCCCGCUUCCGGUCAACGUGGCAGUCCGGGUGCGCAGCAGCGACGACGUGUUCCGGGUGACGCCUCCCGAAUCCGGGUCGGGAGACGCCUCGAAUCUCCUACUUCCGGCCAGGAGCGAAAGAUCCGUGACGGUGCAGUUCAUCCCGACCUCGCCGGGACGUUACCGACGUUAUUUGGACAUCACCUGCGUGGACAACAUCUGUCCGGACAUGGGUGUGCUCCUGAAAGGCGAAGCGACGACCUCCGACGUCCGUUUCGACGGUCUCCAUACGAGGACGUCCUCAUGGAACCCUACCACAUCUCCGCCGGUGACUGCCUCCCGAACCAGACGACCAAGACGACGUUCCGUAUUCUCAACGUAACGUCCGACUGGAUUCGCUACGAAUGGGUUAAACUCGGGGAACUGGUCGAGCUGACACCGCGAGCGGGACACCUCCGCCCACAAUCGGCCUUCAUUUUGACCGUGACCUUUCGCAUAGAAGAAUCAAAGACCUACGUUCUCCCGUUAAACUGCGUGAUUACCGGGAUCCAGAUUCCGGAUAACUACGAUGUUGAGGCUCCCUGGAAUUCUGACCGAACGACGGUGCAGAUCGUCUCCGACCGGCCAGCGAGGAAGGCGACGACCACAGUAAGGAGAAAAAAGGAACAUAAGAAACCGCCCGCAGCCACCACCGCCAAGAAGACCAACAAGGAUCGGAAAUCGAAAAAAGAGUCGGUGCACCGCAAAGGCACUGUGGACGCCGCGGACCCGGGGAAGCGACGGGAGUCGGAUCAGAAGAAACUCCCAGUUCAUAGUAAAACGGAAGAACCGAAGAAAGCGGUGAAAGAACCGGCUUCCCGUUUAACUGAGCACAAGGACGAUCCGGACGCCGCCCAGCAAACCGUUACCAUCCCGGCGCCGGAGCCGGUCUGCGCCCCGGUUCCCAGUUCCUCGCGAAAUCUGAUGCUGAUCCUGUCGGCCAUCGCCGGCUACCCGAAGUACGAAUGCGAUCAAGUGGAACUUUUAUUUAAGGAGACGUUUGUACUGGAAAAGCGUAAGGUGACCUUUACAAUAAAAAACACCGGGAAUGUGUUGAUCGCCUACAAAGCGGCCUUCGCGUCGUCCGCCGAAGACUGCGCCCGGCAUAUGGAGCGCGUGGUGGAAAGGAAGUUGUCACAGCCAAAAGGCGCCACGCUAGCUGAAGAGCCGGUGCAGAGUUUGACGCCUUCGCUGAUUGGACGCGGCGAGAAAGGCCGGCAUGCGUCGCCGCGUGGUCUCACCGCCGUCUCCACCACCGACACAACCGCCGCCAAGGAACCGCCGCCCAGUGGGUCUAAAAAGAAACGUCGCGUCUCCAAAGACACUGCGUCUAGCGAUGCGACGAAAGCGCCGGACACCGCACCCCCGUCGGGGACGUCCGGGAGCUCCGGGAAGCCCUCCGUCACCGUCCGGAAGAUCGACGCGCUCAUGUUCCGCAACCUCGGGAAAGGUCAAACCGCGGAUUUGACCUCAGCGUUCCUGGUGAAUCCUGGGCAGGGACAGAUUCUCCCCGGAAACACGGAGACCUUCGAGGUGGAUAUCAUCCCGGAGGAUGCAAUGGAGUACCUCGGGUGUUUAGUGAUCGACAUGGACAAUCAGGAUCCGAAUACUCCGCCGUUGAUUCUCCCGACAUACGGCGUAGGACGACUCCCGGUCGUCCACUUCAGCACCACCGGCGAACCUCCCAUAAAGGUCACGGAGGUUAAUGGUGCCGAGUACAAAUCCCUGGAGUUCCUCGGCAUUGGAACCAACAGUGCAGUGAAGCGUCAACUGGUCCUGACGAACCCGACCGACACAUCCUACGAGGUCAAAGUCUCUUGUCUCGAUCCCAACGACGGGGACCGCCCCGCGUUCGAAUUCAGCCGAGAAGUGUUCACCGUUGCUGCCGGGAAGCGGACUCCCGUCGAUAUCACAUUCUUACCACGUUCCCUCGGCCGCAGUGAUUCCAAAUGGAACGUUGACAUUCCCACCGCCGCGGUCAACGUCCCGUUUCUCCUAACCGCCGUGGUCCGCGAUGCAACGGUGACCCUGUCCCCACCAGUGCUGUCCUUCCGCCCGAUGCUCCCCCGCAUGAAACGGGAGCUAAAAUUCGCCCUGGAGAACACAGAGACGAUUCCCUUGAUGUUCGGCGUGAACAUGGCGCAUUUUAAGGGAUUCAGUGAAGCCACGUGGACCGUUGCUCCGAUCAGCGGCGUGAUUCCCGGACGAUCCACAACGGGUUUGUCGAUUGUCUUCCAGUCGACAAAGGAGUUCCGGAUGGAGGCGCCGUUGCUGGUGAACGUCGAACGGAGGAAACGGCCGCUGCAGUGCAUCCUGGAUCACGAGGUCAUCGCGCCUUCCGUUGAAGUGGUAUUUAUCAACGAAGGUCAUCGAACCACGGUCUCCGCGGCGACGGAAACCGUCGCGGAUUUCGGGGACAACGAUCUACACAGUACGUACAAGCGGAGCAUCCAGAUUUCAAACGUCGGACCGAUCAACGCCGAAUACACAAUCAGAUUAUUCGGAAAAGACCGCAGCAAACCCAUUUAUCUGCCCUUUUUAUCCAUUUCCCCGCUCAGCGGCAUCGUCGCUCAGAACACCACCACCACCGUUUCAUUGGUCUACGCUCCGAAAACGAUGAAGGACACACUCGGUGACCUUUACCUCAUCGUCGACAUCGAAUUCGGAGGGCGGUUCGUCCUGGCGCUGCAGAAUCACCUGCAUUCCUUAGACGUGGAUUUCAGCUUCGACGAGUGUGAUUUUGGCCCAGUGUUGAUCAGUCGCGACUGUCCGGGAACCGGCUCCACGGUGCCACUGGUCAUCGCCAAUCAGACCAGCAAGACGGUAUCCGUUGACCUAUUGAACUACGACCUCCCGGCCUGUCUAGCCUUCGAAUUCGAGACGCUGAGCCUGAAAUCCGGGCACAGCACGCUGCACACGGUGAUGUUCCUGCCGGUGGACGUCGGGAUGUUCGGUGGGUCGUUGACCUUUCUCAUCAACGCCUCAGUGACGAAGACGCUUGCCCUCCGCGGCGAAGGGGUCCCGCUAAUUCUGGAGGUCCCUGCCGAGAUGCGGCAGCUGACGUUUACAAAGGUGACGGUUGGGAUACCGACGACGUUGCCGUUAAAGGUCAUCAACCGGUCGAAGACGGAGAUCACCGGGAGCGUCCACUUCUCGGUCAAUUCCGCCGUCCAAGAUCUGAUUAGUCAACAAAUGCUGGUCAUUGCCCCGGCCACGCCCAUCACGAUCCUCCCGUCCAAAUCAGCGGUAGUCAAUGUUACGCUGUCGCCGAAUAAACGCAUCCCGCCAUUCCAAACCAAACUGCUCUUCACCACGGAACACAAGGUAACGCGGGAGCUGGCCACCGUCAGCGGGAGUUGUCCAGGGAUCGACGUGACGCUCGACGAGACCAUGGUGGAUUUCGCCAGCUUGGUCCUAUCGGGCUCCUUAACCCGUAACGUCGUCAUGAAGAACGCCGGCGAACUGGGCGCCCACUUCACCUGGGAGACCGAGCGUCUGGAGCCGCACUUCUCCAUCAAACCCAGACAAGGAUACAUCUCCGCAAAAGGGGAUACGGUCCUGGAGGUGAACUUCGCCCCGAAGAAUCUAAACCCCGAUAUCCGCAUCAUGGACAUCCUCUGCGGUAUCCCGGGGAACCGCGCCCCGCUGAAACUGUCGCUGAUCGGCGCCUGCGUCGCGCUGCCUCCAGCCAAGGAAACCGUGACCUUUGAGUGUCCGGUCCGGCAGACCGACAGCCGGAUGCUCUCCCUCGGCAACCCAACCUUGGUUCUCUGGGAUCUCCGACCACAGCUGCAUGGGGCGGAGGACCAAUGGAUGAUCCCCUGGAGCCUAACCGUCAAACCCAACACCACCGAGAACUUCGAGGUCAUCUUCCGGCCGUUGCGGAUGGCGGUCACCGGGAGUCACCAGGCCAGUGUUUCCAUCGUCCUACCGACAGGGCAGGCCGUGGUGUACGGUCUAGUCGGGAAGACGCUCCCUCCCAAACCCAACGGGAGGAUAAGCCGGGAUGUUCCGUGUCGCACCGAAUACCGGGAGAAACUCACUGUGGCGAACUGGCUGCCGAAGACGCAGUCCUUCCGCGUGAUCUUCGAGUACGUCAAACCGGACAAACCGGAUCCUGGGGUAGAGUUCACCGGGAAGGAUAUCGUGCAUCUUCCCGGGAUGGCGCAAACCGAGUACGAAUUAAAGUUCCGGGCGCUGCGGGAUAAAGAUGUUAACCAGGUUUACACGUACCGGGUGGUCUUCCGAUGCGAUGACGGGGAGUUCCAGCAUUUCGACAUCCAGUACCGGAUCGUCAAGGGUCCGCCGUACGAGCCCAAAACCUUAACUGCCACGGUGCGCAGUCUGAAGAGGGAAUCCGUAAAGAUCCGUAAUCCGCUGGAGACCCCGAUAACAGUCACCUGUGCGGUUUCCGGAGCGCCGGCCGAUCUGGUCAUCGACCCGGUGAGCGCGGUGACGAUUGGCGGGAAGAAGGAGCUGGAGGUGUUCAUGGAAUAUUUCCCACUGAAACCCGGAAGCGUUCAAAUGCGCCUGGAUGGCGGAAGUAUGGAGCUCGGAAUGUUCUCCAUGGACAUCACCCUCCAAGCCCUCCCCGCCCCACCCGAACCACCGAUCCUCUGCGAAACAGCGCUGGGCAGCACCUCCACCCACACCUGCAAGAUCCUCAACUAUUCGCGCAACCGCGCUGACUUCACCAUCAAACUGGUGGAAGGCGGCAUGGACUUCCAGUUAUCCGGGGAUAAAACCGUCGUCUCCCUUCUCCCGGGUUCCUCCACCGCCCCCACGGAGCAACUCAUCGAGGUGACCUUUGACCCGUCCCAACUGGGCGACACCCGCGGCCGGCUGACCGCCUCAUCCCCUUCGGCCGGGGAGUUCAUCUUCCCCUUGGUCGGGCGCUGCACCCGCCCCAAACCCCGGGGACCCUUCACCGUCACCGGCAGCGAGACGGUGCCGGUCCUGGAGUUCCGCAAUCCUUUUAACCGGACGUGCAGUUUCACGGUGAGCCUGAGCAACCGGCUGUUCCAGUGCCGGGAGAGUCUGGAGGGUGUCAAGGCGAAGAAGAGCGUGGUGGUGCCGGUGACCUUUAAUGCCGGGGCCUUGGAUGGGGGACUGGUGGAGGCCGUGCACGGCGGCGGUGGGACGGUGUCGGCGCAGUUGACCAUCGUGGUGAAGGCUGAGGGUGGCGGGCCUGCGGUGGAGGAGGGGUGUUCGUGGGUGUACUAUCUGCAGGCGGAAGUGUAGUCGGUUGUGGGGAAAUAUUUGCGUGAUUAAUACGAUUAUUUAUCGCUUGUCCUUGUUAAUAAACUAUAACGUCAUCUAAUUCUUUAGCGGUGUUAUACGUAUAAUUUUAUUGCGAUGAUUUGCCGGAUGAUCGAAAAAAUGGCGGUCUGUUGUCUGUAGAUCCAUCCAAUGUUCGAACAAUUAACUGUAGCACGGAAAAAAGCAGUGCUAGUGCAGUUUUUUUAUUUUUUCGCAGUCGCUUUGGUUUUAAUAAA